AUGAACAACACUUAUAGACAUCUGCUACCGCUGGACCUUCGGCUCAAUGAAACCACCAGGGAGUCUCUGGCCGGGGAGGACGAACAGGGGAACCUGACCGGCACCGGGACCGGCAUCGAGCCUGGUCUAUGUGAGGCAGUCCACAUCCAAGCUGAGGUGUUCCUGACACUGGGGAUCGUCAGCCUUCUGGAGAAUAUCUUGGUGAUCUUGGCAGUGGUGAAGAACAAGAACCUCCACUCACCCAUGUAUGUACUCCUGUGUAGUCUUGCUGCUGCUGACAUGCUGGUGAGUGUCUCCAACUCACUAGAGACGGUGGUUAUCGCUGCGCUGAACAGUCGGUUGAUUGUGGCAGAUGACCACUUUAUUCAACUCAUGGACAACUUCUUUGACUCCAUCAUCUGUAUCUCCCUGGUGGCCUCAAUCUGUAACCUUCUAGCUAUCGCCAUUGACCGUUACGUGACCAUCUUCUACGCCCUACGCUACCACAGCAUCGUGACGAUGCGGCGGGCUGUCCUGGCCAUCGGUGGCAUCUGGCUGACAUGUGUGUUCUGUGGGAUAGUCUUCAUCGUCUACUCAGAGAGCAAGGCAGUCGUUGUGUGUCUGAUCAUCAUGUUCUUCACCAUGCUGGUGCUCAUGGCCACUCUGUACGUUCACAUGUUCCUGCUGGCGAGGCUUCACAUCAAGCGCAUCGCUGUUCUGCCCGCGGAGGGUGUGGUGCCCCAGAGGACCUGCAUGAAGGGAGCCAUCACCAUCACCAUCCUCCUAGGGGUGUUCGUCUGCUGCUGGGCACCUUUCUUCCUCCACCUCAUCCUCCUCAUCACCUGUCCCAAGAACCAGCUCUGUGUCUGUUACAUGUCCCACUUUACCACCUACCUGGUGCUCAUAAUGUGUAACUCUGUCAUAGACCCCGUUAUCUAUGCCUUCCGCAGUCUCGAGAUGCGCAAAACCUUCAAGGAGAUCCUCUGUUGUCAUUAUUGUGGAGUCAGGAUGGGUGUGUGCUCAGCGCCCCCCCUGUAUUCUCUGUUCACCCAUGACUGCGUGGUCACGCACAACUCCAAUACCAUAAUUACGUUUGCUGACGACACGACAGUGGUAGGUCUGAUCCCCGACAGCGACAAGACAGCCUUCAGGGAGGAGGUUGGAGCCCUGGCAGAGUGGCAUAACAACCUCUGCCGGUGUCUGAGGAAGGCCCAGAAGAUCAUCACAGACUCCGGUCACCCAAGCCACAGACUGUUCACUCAGUUAUGA